AUGGCGAGUUUGGCGGGCGACGUUCUCCCGCCCGUCAGCGAGCAGCGACCAAGGCCAGCGUUGGCGUGGGCGGAGGCAUCCAGCGUGGCGCCCGCACCGAGGCAGCCCUCGACUCCCAGGAUGGCCCGCGGGCGCCCCUUCGGAGUGGGCCACAACUGGGCCGUGCCGGGCCCCGGCGGCCUCGGUCCCAACCGGAUCCGCAGGCCUCGUGCCGUCCGACCUCCUCAGAUUUCGGCACCUGUGACUCUCGAAGACCUUGCGUACAUGAGGAGGCUCGACACGUUGAUCCCCGAGCCUCGCAUGGGCAGCCGCACGUCACGCCGGCUCGUGGCCGGUGCCUUCGCGGCGCCCGAGUUGUUGCCGGAAGUGGAGCUGGCCAGCGGCGGGGUAGCAGGCAACCAGACGAGCGACAUCGAGUCCACCUCCGUCCUCUCCGUUGAGUCUCCGAUGCUUCCCAACACCUGCCUUGGGCUCCACGGGACCAGUGUGAUGGCCGGUGAGGCCGAGCGGCCCCCCUGCACCUUGCUUCGGCACACUCGUCUCAGCGGCAAUCCGUGCCGACGAGAGGAGGACUGCAAGGAGGAUCUGCCGAGUCCUGGCCAGAGCAUCUCCCGCAGGCCGCCCGUCUUCGACAAGCCUGAGAGGAUCCCGUGCUCCCCGGGCUCCAGCCAGUUCGGCCGCGAGCUGGGUGGGCCUACGCACUCUGUAGAGGGGGCGCCCGGCCAGGCUCGCCCCCGCCACGCCACGAGGUCGCUGUCGGCGAGGGGGGGGAAGGCGCCUGGCCUCCAUCCAGCAUGUAAGGCUUGGCCUCCAGCAGUUGAGUUUUUUCUGUGA